ACCAGCAAACAAAAUUUUGUGUAGUAUAUCAUGUGUAAAGGUAUUCUAGUUUGUGAAUGAAUGACAAAACCCUAAAGCACAGCAAUGUGAUGCGUGGAUUCGCCGGCGGCAUUGCGCGGACGAUCUCCAGGAGCAGCAGCGCGUUUUGGAUGCGUCAGGUCUUCAGCAGCAUCGCAGCUGGAUUCCCCGGCGGCAUUGCGCGGCCGAUGUGAGUCAAGACCUCUAGGAGCAGGAUCGAGCAUUUUGAUCGAGAGAUCGGAAGAGCGAGGAUUGGAUCAAGACAAUGACGGAUUUUUGGAGGGAUCAAUUGCAGUGGAGCGUGAAUCGCGUGGAAAACACGAUCAUCGAUCGCUCCUGGCGGGAUUGAUGGCUUGAAGGACCUCGAGCGUGGUAAGAGUUCAUUUGGCAGCGAUUACUUGUUCUCGCGUCUCUAGCAACAGGGAUGCUCUCCAAGCGCGAGAACGUUCGUCGCGUGACGGCCCGCGUCUCCGCUGGGAACGAUCGAUUCAAGAGCUUGGAGAGAGGGAUGGCACUACACUCUCAAGUUCUGGAGGCCGGGUAUGACUCAAAACGUGUUCGUGUCCACGGCGGUGGUGGACACGCAUGCCAAGUAUGGGAGGCUGGGCGACGCUCGGAGGGCCUUUGACAGGAUGGCUUUCCACGACACAGUGUCGUGGAAUGCCGGUAUGUGGAGCACGGGAAGAACGAGGAGGCUGUGGGGAGGUGUUUGAACAGAUGGUGGCGGAAGGGUGUACACCGAACGAGACUACUCUUCUGGCUGCUCUCGAGGCAUGCUCGGAUCUGGCCGAGCGCGAGGAAGGAAAGAAGGUUGAAGGGAAAGUGCUGAAGGUGGGCUGUUUGGCUAGAGGUGCUGCCAUCCACAGGGAAGCGGCAAGCGUUCGUUCUUCACAAACUGAGAUACCUGGAAACUGAAGCUGUCAAGUUGUGUGACAAGACAUCCGUGGCAAACACGCUGAUUGAUACCUACGCGAAAUGUGGAAGGCUGGACGAUGCUUGCAGAGUGUAUGAGAAGAUGGAGCUUCGUGACAUUGUGUCCUGGACAGUGAUGAUUUUGAGGCAAGCAAAGGGGAGUCUGCUCUGGAUUUCUUUUUCGAAAUGCGUGCUGAUACGUCGUGCAAACCAGAUGCGCGAGUUUUAGCUGCUGCUUUCGUCGCCUGUGGCAUUAUAGUGAGGCCAGACAUUGGACGUCAGAUUCAGGGAGAGAGAUACAGGCUUGGGCUUGAGAACGAUGGGACCGUAACACCAUGCCUGGUGGACUUCUAUGGAAAGUGUGGGGACAUGACUGCGGCCCAGUACAUCUUUGAUACCACGGCAAUGACAAGAGAAAUCGGUGCGUGGAAUGCGUUGAUAAUGGGAUAUAGCCACCAGGGGAAUGCAGUUCACGCAGUAGCAGUAUUUCGAAGGCUGGCGGACGAAGGCUUAUGUGCGACUGAGGCUACUCUGGUCUCGCUUCUCACGGCAUUCAGUCAUACUGGUCUUGUUGAAAAGGGGAAGAAGUGCUUUGAAGCGCUGCAAGACGCAAGCAUGGCGUUGUUCCAAGUCUUCGGCACUACACUGGCAUGAUCGAUCUGCUGGGAAGAGCCAACCAUCUAGACGAAGCCGUGAAGGUGCUGGAAAGCAUGCCUUCUCAAAGCGGACGCGGUAGCUUGGAUGACCGUUUUGGGUGCCUGCGCAAAGUGGGAGAAUGGUCAGGUGGGAAAAUUCGCAUUUGAGCCUUUUUCCGGGCUGGACAGAGACCGGGAAGUUUAAGUAGGGUUCCAAAGUGGCAACGAAUGGCAGCGUCUUCAUUCGCUUCUCUUCAUCAUGCUCUGGGCGAAAGAUCCAAAGUUGCAGCGACGUUGGGUCCUUGCUGAGAGCACUGAAGGAGUGCACCAGAACAGGAGAUAUUGAAGCUGGGAGACAGUAUCAUGAAGAUGCUGCAAAACGUGGAUUCAGUUCAAACAUUUUCGUGGCAACCACCUUGGUAGAUAUGUAUGCCAAAUGCGGGAGCAUGCCGGAUGCUCAGAAAGUCUUCGACCUCAUGCCCGUCCGCGAUGCUGUACCUUGGAACGCAUUGAUUCUCGGAUACUUCGAGAACGGGGAUAGUGCGCUGGCUCUGCGAAGCUUUUCGGCCAUGCAACGCAGCUCGAAUGCCGCCCCGAACGCUAGAACUUUCACAGCUGCUCUGAUGGCCUGCACCAAGCUCGCUGCAAGCGACGUGAGAAGCCGGGUCGAUGGCAAACUCGUAAGCCUCAAGUAUCUGGAAACAGGAAAGAUUAUACACUCUCAGGCCGUAGCAGUAGGGGUGGACUCACAACUUUACUUGGCAAGCACGCUGGUGGAUAUGUACGCCAAGUGUGGUAGCAUGGACGACUCGCGGAAAGUUUUCGAAAGGAUGCCGGUUCACAACGUCGUUUCCUGGACUUCACUGGUUCUCGGCUACGCAGAGAAUGACGAGCCCGGCGUGGCUUUGGGACUCUUCUUUCGGAUGCUCUCCUUGGGAUAUGAACCAGAUGCUCGAGCCUUCGUGGCUGCAUUGACGGCUUGUGCGAGUCUGGCAGAGAAAGAGCAAGGCAUGGAAACGGAUGGCAGGCUUUUGAAACUUGAAAGUCUCCAAAGAGGGAUGGAGCUGCAUUCUCUGGCUGUGAAGCUCAGCUGUUGGGAAAACAUCUUCGUAGCAAGCACGCUGGUGUCAGUCUACGCCAACUGCGGGAGCCUGGCGGAUGCUCGCAUGGUUUUUGACCGUGUGCCUCGUCACGAUGCGGUUCUAAGGACUGCAAUGGUUCUCGGGUAUGUAGAGAAUGACGAAAACAAGCUUGCUAUUGACCUGUUCUCGUGCAUGCAGACAGGCAAACGGUCGUCGAAUCCCGGGCUCUUCACGGCUGCACUUACGGCCUGUGCAAAUCUGGCAACAGCUGAAGCUGGGAAACAAGUCUCCGAGAGGCCUGUAAAACUCAGCUGCUUGGAAAGUGUGAUGUCUAUCCACUCACAAUCUGCAACAAGUGGAUACGACUCGGAAAUCUUCUUGGCAAACACACUGAUCGAUACUUACUCGAAGUGUGGGAGCAUGGUGGAUGCCCGUCGCGUUUUUGACAGCAUGGUACGUUAUGACAUUGUGUCCUGGACGGCGCUCAUACUUGGUUAUGCAGACAAUGGCGAGGAAUUCCUGGCAUUGGAAAACUUUUCGUGCUUAAGUUCUUCCGGCUGCUUUCCAGAUGCUCGGGCGUUUGUUGCUGUUCUCGGGGCAUGUGGAAGUGUUGUAGCAUUGGAAACAGGGAGGAGGAUCCAGGCGGAUAUCUACAGGCGAGGACUAGAAAAUUACGACGCUGUUGCGAAUGCUUUGGUGGAUUUUUAUGGUAAGUGUGGCUCCUUAUUGCUUGCGGAGCAUCUGUUUGACACCACAAGUUCUGACAAGGAUUGCGUGCAGUGGAAUGCUUUGCUGGUUGGAUAUGGCUACCAAGGAAAUGCGGGCCGAGUGUUCGAUUUGUUUGAGAUAAUGCAACGUGAAGGCGUGCCAGCAAAUGGAAUCACUUUCCUUUCCCUCUUAAACGCAUGCAGUCACGCUGGUUUAGUAGACAAGGCCAAGUCUAUCUUCGAGGAGAUGCUGCCAAGGUACGGCGUAAGUCCAAAUCCUCAGCACUAUACGUGCCUGAUUGAUCUUCUGGGACGAUCUAACCAUCUAGAUUGUGCAGUGGAGACUUUGAAGAUAAUGCCAUUUGAAGCAGAUGCUGUUACGUGGACGGCUAUCCUUGCUGCGAGCAAGAAGUGGAAGAAUAUUCAGCUCGGAAGGCUGGCUUUUGAAACGCUGCUGACAUUCGAUGCAAGUGAUGGUGCUGCUUAUGCACUGAUGGGAAAUCUUUACGGGAGUUUAGGAAGGUGGGAGGAUAAAAAGGGGGUUCUAGCCAAAAUGAGAGAAGCAGGAGCUUGGAAAGAAGCAGGACAGAGUUGGUGGAAUGACAGGGAUGGUAAAGUUCACAGGUUCAUGGCUCACGAGAGCUCACAUCCGCAAAUUAAAGAGAUCAACGCAAAGCUGAAGAAGCUGGUAGGAGAGAUGAAGGAACACGGUUAUGUUACUGACGCCGGGAGUGCUGCACACAAGUUCUCGACCGAUGAAAAGAUGGAGAGCUCACUGUGUGGACACAGCGAGAGGCUCGCUAUCGGCUGUGCUUUGAUCAAUUCGCCCCCAGGCAGUCCUAUCCGGAUCGGCAAAAACUUAAGAGUCUGUGACGACUGUCACAAUGCCACUGCAAUUAUCUCAAGGAUCGAGAAGAGGACGAUCAUUUGUAGAGACGGGGGGCGUUUCCAUACGUUCGAGGAUGGCAAGUGUUCCUGCGGUAACUUUUGGUGAUUCCAACUAGUUUUCAGCACCGUUAUAGAUGUUCGAUAUGAGGACGCAUGCAGCAGCAUUUUCACCAUCCAACUUGAGAAGGGAUUGGCAAGCGAGCUCGCCAACGGCUCCGUUCUUCCGUUUCCAACAGGCACUCAGGACCGUCAUCCAAGUUGCUUGGUCGGCUCGCUCAGGCAUCUGUCCGAGAAGCUCAAUAACUUCAUCUAAGCGGUCUGCACGACCAAGAAGAUCGAUCAUGCAGCUGUAAUGCUGUGCCUCCACAGGUGCUCCAAAUUCGUUCAUCUGGAAAAACA